AUGCCUUCUUUUAGGUCUUAAAAAACUAAUGCUUUUAGAAAUACUCUUAAUAAGACUUUGCUCCUACCUUUGACAAUGAGAGCAAAUCAAGAUGAUAGCUUUUAAAUGGAAAAAAUUAUCAAAAAAGCAAAGUUUAGCAAAAGAAUAUUGCCUAAUGGAACCGAAAUCAAUUGUAUUCGAGCAGUAACUAAACUGCUAGACAGGAUUUUAGUUGAAAGACCUAAUGUUAAAAACUUCUGCAAAAUUUUGGAUACAAUGUCAAUUCAGAAUAGGGAUGAUGGAUUCUAAUAAAUUAUAAAGCAUGAUGGCACCACAAUAAAAGAAGUUGGUGAUGUAAGUUAGACCUGUAAAAGCUUGAUAUUAGUAAAGGAUGGCCAAGAGUAUCGUUAAUUUUUCACAAUGUUAGAGGAAAUAACAAAUGAACUUCAGCUUUAAACCAUUGAUAGUCAAUAGAAACUUGAAAAUCAGCAAAGCCAAACAGCAUUUACUCCUUUAGAUAUAACUUACAGCUCAGGAGAUCGAGCAUUCAAUACAAAAUAAUAAGACCUAUUUUUAUUUCCUGAGAUAAAUGAAACAUAGAGAGAUUAAGAUUAGAAGAUUCAGCAUAAAAAUGAAAAGGCAUUGUAGGGAUUUUAUGAUUAGUCGAGAAAUGCUUUUGAUCAAAGUAUUCUCUCUGUUGACUACAAAAAGACUAUGAAUUUCAAAAGCAGUAGAGUUAGAAAAGUUGAGAAUUCUUAAAUUCCUAAUUUGAUAAAAAUUAAUGCUAUCUACAAAAACGAGCUUUAAAUGUCACCCAAGGUAGAAGCUAACUCAAAUUAUGAUUAUCAUAGCAAUACUCGAUCAAGAUAUCAACUCAAACUAAGUCCUCAUUCAGUUAACAGAAAAGAAUUUAGUAUGAACAUAACUACUCCUAUUCACGAGGAAACUAAUCCUGUCUCUGUUUAAGAUUCUUUAAUGCUGACUUUUUCAAAACUUAAAUAAAGCAGAGAUCUUAUUUAACUCUCGAACUCAGAGAAAGUAAGAUUAAAAUUUAAGAAACUUUAAAGAGAGUAUCUAAGUUUACCAGAUUUUAAGUAUGAAAAUUUUACACUCAAUAAGCUUAUUGAAUUGAAAAUCAAUCUUCAUCAAGAGUUUUUGGCAAAAUAUGAGCUAACAUUAGAAGAAGAGGCAAGCUUUAUUGAGAAGCUAUACAAAUAACUCAUUUAUAAAUCAAUUAAGGCAAAAUAUGGUUAUAUAAAGAAAUUUGUUUCUGAAAUAGGUGUAUCUAUUGAGGUCCUCUGCUAGGAAUUUAAAAUUGGAUCUCAAAUUUUGACCUACUUUGAUAUAAAUCAGGUGAAUAGUAAGAUUAAGCCAUUGAUUUAUUGGAAUGAUUUUGUUAAGUUCUAUGGUAUUCUUAUUUUGAGAAAACCACUGAUUACCGAUAGACUUGAUUACAUAAUAAGAUUAUUCCAAAUUAGAGAAAUCUCUUAGCUUUAAAGAUAAAAGUAUAUUAUUGAAAGAUUUAAGGAGAUUAAUCACAAUUAGGAUUAUGUAGUUAAAAAUGAUUUGAUGGCUUUUUGGGAUAAAUUUAGGCUUUUAAUUUGCAAUUAUCUGAAUGAAAAUAGCAUUUUAUUAGAGGAAAUAAUCAUGCAAAAAUUGAUAGAGAAUCUAUAAAAGUUUAUCCAAUACCAAGAAACAUUUGUAGUCUUUGAUAGUUUAUUUGAAUUUAUUUGA